AAGAAAUAUGAAGUUUCUGAGACACAAUCGGCGAACAAAGAUUCCAAUUGAAGUUCUAUAUUAUUCAAGCAAAGAUGGGAAGGAGAUGAUGCAACCUCCACAAUCUGCAGACCCCAUGGCUUCUUCAACAGGAAACUGGGGGUUACAAAUGGGAAACUUGCCAAUAGAACAGAGUCUUAAAACAGAACUAGAGGCAGGGCCCUCAUUAGACGACGACAACGAAGAUGAUAACAUGGGAAAGCUUCUGAGAAAGAAACAUGUGAACAAGAGGAUUCCUGAAACAGAAGCAAAGUCUUUUUCAUCAGAUCAGUCUUGUUUCGUUGCACAUGUAACAGAUUCGAACCUACGAAAGGAUUCACUGGUCAACAACAUUUACUCUAAGGGUCUUGAAACAAGAAACUUGUCGAUGAAGCAGAGUCUAAAAACAGAACUAGAGUCUUCACUAGACGAAGACAAAGAUAACAUGGGGAUGAAGAAGAUAACUCUGAUGGACAAGCAUGGAGUAGAGUGGCCAGUGAAUUUAGUCAUGGAAAAGGGAAAUACAAAGACGCGUUUGGGUUCAGGUUUGAAAGAAUUUAUCAAGGCUAAUGGAAUUAAGGCAUACGUAUCUUUUGUGUUGGAGUUGGUUUGGGAAGACAAAACAACUCUUCCUAUGCUCAAGUUAUGUCCUAAUUUGCAUCCCACUUGUUCACAAGUAUGAUCUUUUUUAGUAAAUUCAUAACCUAUGUGGUAUGAAUCUAAUGUCUAGUUAUGAACUAUUUAGGUAAGAGUCAAUGCGUCUAUUUAAGUCAACAAAAAAUUUAUCUACUUAUGGGUCUAGAUGAUUCUGCCACAUGAAUGGCAAAACAAUUUGGCAAUUCACCAGUAAGAACAUUUAAAUUCUAUGUAUAAUCACCCUUUGUACCAUAUAAGUCAUUGUGUAAUAGUAUCUGCAUCACUAUUGUAACUUUGUAAGCUAAAACCUCUGUUGAUUUUCAAAUGUUGUAACAUACCACAUCAUUGAGCGUCGAUCAUCUUGGUGUCCAUAUCUCUCACCGGAGGUUUGGAUUUUGCACAAACCAAUGGAGUUGAAGUUGUAGGGUCUGAACAACAACAAUCGACAGCCUGAUAUUUUACCUCUGCAUCUCUGUUCCCAUUUGCUACAUCCUCUUGAUGAUCUGUUGCAGAGUAAUCAAUUGAAGAGUUUGACUCAGAAUCCAAUGUAUCAACCCUUUCAACCUCACUACAACAUUCAGAGGUCAGUAC